AUGAGCAGAAGCUUCAUUCGAUUUUUAAACGUUCCACAACAACGUUCAUUUGUUUUAUUAUUUUGUUCUAUAUUUGAACUCAUAACAAUGGAUUUCUCCAAGUUGUUGUUCUUCUUCUUCGCUUGUUUUGUUGCUUUGUGUUCAGUGAGCGCUGCGCCUGAACCAAGAUGGAAGCCGUUCAAAAAACUUGAGCGAGUGGGACAGCACGUGCGAGACGGCAUCAUCAAGGCCGGCCCUGCAGUCGCCGUAGUCGGUCAAGCCGCAACCAUUGCCAAAGGAUAAUUUCAGAAUAACCUAAAAAGUCAUACUAAGGCAAUCACUGUAAAUCUUCAUAUUCUCCAUUAAAGACAUCAUCAAUCUCCGGCAGUCGCCGUAGUCGGUCAAGCAAACACCUUGAAAAGACAUGAUCAUGCAAACUUCUUCAUAUUUCCCCAUACAAAGACAUCAUCAAUGACGCACCGCACCGUUGCGACAAGCGGCCACCAUUGCUCAAGGACAACUUGAAAACCCAUGCUCAUGGAAUCACUGCCAAUCUUCAAGUUUCUCCAUACAAAUACAUCAUCAAUGCCGCGCCGGCAGUCAUCGUGUUCGGACAAACGGCCACUAUAGCUCAAGGAUAAUCUUUAGAACAACUUCAAAACACAUACUCAUGCAAUCACUGUCAAUCUACUGUGCCAAUGUUAUGCCAAUUUUCAGCGCAUUCAUCCAUAAAUGCGAUUCUUUGUUAUGUACUUACUUUUCUUCGAUGUAAAUAACUGUCGCCCGUGGUAUUACCGGACCGAUACGACCUUCAAAUCUUCAAAGAAUGUACUCCUAUCUUAGAGGUCGGCAACGCACUGGUGUUGAAAGUGUCCAUGGACACGGUCAUUGCUUACCAUCCAGUGAUUUGUCUGCUAGAUUGCUUCGUAUAUCAUAAAAUAUGUCUUAAUAAAUCCUUAUUUUUCUGUCUAACUUUCAUCGAUACUAGUCAGUCGCGUCAUUAUAGAGGGGCUAACGCGAACCACGUUCGACGUGUUGCCUCCUUGUCACGCUUACGUACGAAUUUACAAGUGUGACAGAGAUGCAGCUCGACGUCGAACGUGAUUGAAAUCCGAAAUUCGCAAAUUGCGGGGAUCUUUCUCUUUUACUCUCACUAAGGCCUUAUUAGAGUGACGGAGAAAAAUGCCCGCAAUUGAUGAACCCUGAGCUCGUAUUGUAUGAUAACGAUUGACAUUAAACUUUUCUGUAUCUUUUAUCUUUAUAAAUAAAAACCGUGUUCAGACAAUGUACAAAUAAUUAAGUAUUAAAAGUAAAUUAAUAAAUUUUAUUAUUUAUGA